GUGGGUGAAAAAUGAACCCACCAGAAGGGUCAAGGAAGAAUUCAAAGGGGGACAAAAAUCACUUGGUCUGUUUCUAGCUCUCAACCGAACUUCGCUAUGGCGCAUGGCGUCCUACACGGUCCUCUCACAAGGUAGCCUGCAUCGCCGUUGCCAACCUUGAGGAAGAGAACUUAUUGGAGCAUUUUCAACCCGAUAGCUUUGAUGUACGAGAGGACGUCAUUUCAUCUGCAGAGGAAGAGAACUUAUUGGAGCAUUUUCAACCCGAUAGCUUUGAUGUACGAGAGGACGUCAUUCCCACUGUGUGGGGGUUGCUGCCGAGUGACGUUGCUCUCAUGGUGAUCUUGCAGCUACUGAAGUCUGUAGCAGGUGUUGCACUGGAAGCAAUAUCUACAUUGGAAGCACCCUUUCCUGGAUCAAUUGAAACUGAAGUCUGAAUCUAUAUAUGGUAGUUUAGUUUAGCACAGCUGAAGGGAGGGAUAUUCCGCUUUCAUUAGAAAGCUAACAAGAUGUCGGGAGCUGCGUCUGCCAUUUUUUUACUGGACAUGAAGGGCCGAGUGUUAAUAUGGAGAGAUUAUCGCGGCGAUGUUUCUUCAGUUCAAGCUGAGCGUGCUUUCGCAAAGCUUAUGGAUGGAGAGAAUGAUCCCGCCUCUCACGAUCCAAUUUUGUUGGAGAAUGGAGUUACUUAUCUCUUCAUCCAGCAUAACAACGUCUAUGUCAUGACUGCUUCUAGGCAGAAUUGCAAUGCAGCUAGUCUCCUUCUCUUCCUCCAUCGAAUUGUAGAUGUUUUCAAGCACUACUUCGAGGAACUGGAAGAGGAAUCGCUACGUGACAAUUUUGUUGUUGUUUAUGAGCUUCUGGACGAGAUGAUGGAUUUUGGGUACCCCCAAUAUACGGAAGCUAAAAUUCUGAGUGAAUUUAUCAAGACUGAUGCCUAUAGAAUGGAAGUCACAACGAGGCCUCCAAUGGCAGUGACCAAUGCAGUAUCAUGGAGAAUGGAAGGCAUCAAGUACAAAAAGAACGAGGUCUUCCUUGACGUUGUUGAAAGCGUGAAUAUUCUGGUCAACAGCAAUGGUCAGUUGGUUCGUUCAGAUGUUGUUGGUGCUUUAAAAAUGCGCACAUAUUUGAGUGGUAUGCCAGAGUGCAAGCUUGGCCUCAAUGACCGUGUUUUGUUGGAAGCUCAAGGUCGUGCUACGAAGGGAAAGGCUAUCGAUCUUGAUGACAUCAAAUUCCACCAGUGUGUUCGACUAACCCGAUUUGAAAACGAUCGGACGAUCUCUUUCAUCCCUCCAGAUGGUUCUUUUGAUCUAAUGACGUACCGUCUCAGUACACAGGUAAAACCCUUGAUUUGGGUGGAGGCUCAAGUAGAGCGACAUUCACGAAGUCGUGUAGAGUUUAUGAUCAAAGCGCGGAGUCAAUUUAAGGAACGAAGUACGGCUUCCAAUGUAGAAAUCGAGCUUCCCGUGCCAUCUGAUGCUUCCACCCCUGCUGUCCGGACGUCCAUGGGCACAGCUGUUUAUGCUCCAGAGAAGGAGGCUCUAAUUUGGAAAAUCAAGUCUUUCCCCGGAGGAAAGGAGUACAUGAUGAGAGCCAAGUUUGGACUACCAAGUAUUGAAGCUGAAGAAACUGUGGUCGAGAAGCGACCACCCAUUCGAGUCAAGUUUGAGAUCCCUUAUUUUACUGUUUCUGGAAUUCAGGUUCGAUACUUGAAGAUCAUUGAGAAAAGCGGUUAUCAGGCUUUGCCAUGGGUGCGGUACAUAACUACUGCAGGCGAAUAUGAGUUGCGUAUUUAAGCGUACAAUCCAAUGUCACAUAUAUUCGUUACUUCUUAUGUUUACGAAGUCACUGCUUACCAGCCUCUGCGUUAGGGUGUUAGGGUUACUAGACGUGAUAAGCUUUCCUUGGAUUAGAUCAGGACAGCCUUUAGAGUAUUUUUGCCUUCAAUUCAAGUCUUUCUAGUUCUUUCCAACAUUUGUGGAGUUGCUCGCCAAAAAGUAUGCCAAUGACUUUCACGGAUUUCGGUUGUAUAAGUAUUGGUGCGGUCACUUUUUUCCAUGGCCAUUGAAAAGCUGCUAAAACAGAUGCCAA